CUUUGGUUCAAUGAUUUUGAAAGAAAAAAUUGAUUUUCCCUCAGUCUCCUACCCAAAUGAAAAGAAUUUGGUUGGGUGAGGACACUCACGGAUGACUGGGGAAAGUCCUGAAAAUAGUGCUUAGCCUUAGCGCAACACAUUGCGGCGCCGUGCUCUGGUGUGCCGUAGGCUUCAACAGCAAGACACGCAAGAGUUUGUCCUUCUCUACACCGACUCACUCCCAUCCCCUAUCACAUUUUUCUCGAAAUUGCUCGGAGAUCGGCUGGGUAAAGCAAUCGGAAGUCGGGAACUACCAUGAACCGGGGAAACGAUAUCAACCCGUUCGAGGAAGAAGUGCCUGAAGUCAAUCCAUUCGCGAAUGGCAGCACUGCUCCUGCAUCUAAAUCACGCAUUCCUAAAAUGUUUGCUAAUACUCUUGGGUUCGGCCAAAAGCACGAUGCUACUGUUGAUAUACCACUGGAUUCAAUGAACAAAAAAGAGAAGGACCUGGCAAAUUGGGAGGCUGAACUGAAAAGGAAAGAAAAGGAGAUCAAAAACAGAGAAGAUGCUCUCUCUAGGGCUGGUGUUCCCGUCAAUGAUAAGAAUUGGCCUCCCUUUUUCCCAAUCAUACACCAUGAUAUUGCCAAUGAAAUACCAGCUCAUUCUCAGAGGAUGCAGUAUUUGGCCUUCGCUAGUUGGCUGGGCAUUAUUCUCUGCCUUACAUUCAAUAUCAUUGCCGUGGUCGUGUGUUGGAUAAAGGGAGGAGGUGUCAAGAUCUUUUUUCUUGCUGUAAUAUACGCCUUACUUGGAUGUCCCUUGUCCUAUGUUUUGUGGUAUCGGCCUCUCUAUUAUGCAAUGAGGACUGACAGUGCACUUAAAUUUGGCUGGUUUUUUAUGUUCUACAUGCUCCAUGUCGGGUUUUGCAUAUUUGCCGCCAUUGCUCCACCCAUUGUCUUUCAUGGAAAAUCAUUAACGGGCAUCCUUGCUGCAAUUGAUGUAUUCUCUGACCAUGUUCUGGUUGGGGUCUUUUACUUGAUUGGGUUUGGCUUGUUCUGCUUGGAAUCACUGCUGAGCCUGACGGUGCUACAGAAAGUUUAUAUGCACUUCCGAGGACACAGGUGACACUACAAUUGUCGUGCGGGCGUGUUUCCAAGAUGGCGAACAACUGCUAUACAUUUGGUGGACUGUUAAAUUAAUGUGUAAUUUUGUGUGUUUAUUAUCACCAUUACAGAGUACUAGUAGUGUAUAAGCUCUUUAAGUGUUUUUCUUGUACUCCGGGGUGUAUAUUUGUCUGGGAUAUUUCACAAGCUUUAAUAUUUCUUCAUGCAUAUAUUAAUUUCUGUUAAAUUCUUUAAUUUUUUAUGCCUUGAAUUUUAUUCCCACCAGGAAGGUACGCGAUUCUGUUCUGU